GCGGUCUCAUACAGCAGUCAGUGGACGAGGCCUAUCAGGCCCGCAUGCUGGCCUGGAGUACGGAGACAAAGAAACGGGCAGAUGACGCUGCCGCAGCAGCGAAGAAGAAGGCAGAGGAUGCCGAGCAGGCACGUCUGCUGGCACUUGAACAACAGCGCCAGCAUGACGAGGCAGCAGCAAGGGCUGCCGAUGAAGAAAGGAACCAGCGUCGCGAGAAGAUAUUUACCGGAGAGCGGGCGUUACUUACAAUGGCAGCGGAAUGGCGGACCGAAGCGGAGGAUGGCAAGUUGGAGGAUAGCGCAAACAAGAUCGCGCUCCUCCUCUCGCACCUCACAGACCUCCUGGCAACCUGCAUUACACAGCAGGCGGAGAUCCUCGGUCUCAACACCUCGCUAGCUCACGUCCAAGACCGCCUUCAACGGUUGGAGCAACGACCAGUCACCGCCGCCGACGCAAGCUCUUCCAAUACUGCCGACCGCCUCAACGCAUUGGAGAUGGACGUCGGCUCACUCAAGGAUGGCUUGCUACUACAACAGACCGCGACGCAACAGUUGCAACAACGGAUCUGCACUACUGCCACCACCUCGAGUUCAGAACCGCGCGAGUCAACUCCAAAGUUCGACGGGCAGGAGAUCUUCUGCGACUCAAUGAAGACAGAUCCGAUUCCAUGGUUUCGCAAGUUCGAGCUCACGCUGCAGCUGUCCAACGUCAAAGAACACAAGCACCACGCAUACUUGUACUCUCGUUCAGGGGGCGCGUGCCAGGCUUGGUUGGACAACCUCUUGUCCAAGUACGGAGUAGUAGCAGCGGACUUGCACACCAAGAUCAGUUGGGAUGGUCUGAAGGCGGCGUGGCACAAGCGGUUCCAGGUGGAGCCGCUAGAGAUCAAAGCCAUGGACAAGCUCAUGGUCUUCGAGCAAGGCAUGCUGCCGACUACGGACUGGAUCGUCGAGUACCAACGCUUGACGUCAGUCCCAAACAUCCAGAUGGGCUUCAAAGCCAUCCGCCAUUAUUUCAUCUCAAGGUCAUGUCCGACAUUAAGCAAUGCCCUAAAGCAUGUUGAGGACACCUUGACGACGACGGCGGAAUUGUUUGACAAAGCGGCGCAGAUCAUCAUCACGAACAAGGAGGCCAAGAACCUCCGUUCAUCUGCGUUAGGCCCGAGCAGGGACCAACAUCGGCCAGGAGUGGUCGUGGUCGCAGCGGCAGCGCCGUUGGACCAAAUCAGCGAGGCUGUGUCUGCCGCGGAUGAUGAGGUUGCGGUGGGGGACAUCCUGGCAUAUACUACCAAGGUGGCCCGCGAGUUAAGCACGCAGCGGUACGAUGACAACAACACACCGCUCAUGUAUGUCCGCAUUCAGGUUGGGCAAGCAUCCUGCAACGCUUUGCUGGAUAGCGGCGCGUCUCGCAAUUUCAUGAGCCAAUCCUUUAUGCAAAGGGCUGGCCUUGGCGCACAAGUUCGGAGGAAGGCAAACCCGAUGGCGAUCAAGUUGGCGGAUGGAAAGACGCAACAACUUCUCAACCGUUACAUCGAGGUUGUACCGGUCUACUUCGCACCUCAUGCAUGCGAACCGGUGACAUUCGAUAUUCUCGACACGGACCUCGACAUCAUUCUAGGAAUGCCUUGGCUUGCAAGUGCGGAUCACACGGUCAACUUCCAUCGGCGGACUCUUAGCGUUCGCGACGCCUUCGGUGUGGAAGUGGCGUGUACGAUUCCUCUACCGCACACUUCAAUCCGAUGCCAAGUGGUGACGGCCAAAUCAUUCAGGGCGACUUGCGCUUACGAGCAGCCCGAGGAGAUCGGCCUAUGUUUCCUACGGACCGUCGCGGUAGCCGACUCUUCACCCACGGACUUGUCUUCGGACCCCCGUGUUGUGCGGUUGCUGGACGAGUUCGCCGACAUCUUCGAGUCACCUACCGGUGUGGUGCCGGAUCGGCCGAUCUCUCACGAGAUCAUUCUUGAGGCCGGUGCCGUGCCGCCAAAAGGUUGCAUCUAUCGGAUGAGCGAGGAGGAACUUGAGGUCCUCCGCGCACAACUCGAUGAUUUGCUGGCCAAGGGCUUGAUCCGCCCUAGCAGCUCCCCAUAUGGAGCACCAGUUCUCUUCGUCAGGAAGAAGAACAAGGAUCUACAAUUGUGUAUCGACUACCACAAGCUCAACGCGCAAGCCGUCAAGAAUGCGGGGCCUCUUCCUCGCAUCGACGAUCUUCUUGAGCGACUGGGCGGCGUGAAGUAUUUUUCCAAGCUGGAUUUGAAAUCAGGAUACCAUCAAAUCUCGAUCCAACCGAAUGAUCGCUAUAAGACCACGUUCAAGACGCGGUACGGGCAUUUUGAGUGGGUGGUCAUGCCUUUUGGCCUCACCAACGCCCCGGCGACCUUUCACGUGGCCAUGACCAAAGAGUUUUGUGCAAUGUUGGACCGGUUCGUGCUGGUCUACUUAGACGAUAUUCUCGUCUAUAGUUGGUCAUUGGAGGAUCAUCUUGGGCAUUCCUGACGAGUGUCAGGAUAUCAUCAAAUCUCGAUCCAACCGAACGAUCGCUAUAAGACCACGUUCAAG